CCCUCGCCACAAGGGUAAACCAAACCCCUCCUCCCGUCCCACUCCCCGCGCGGCCGCCACCGCCAGCCCGCCGCGUCCUCGAGCGCCCCCUCCAGUUCUCCGCCUCUCCUUCCUCCCCUCCCCUGCAAUGGCGUCGGCGGGAGGGCCCUCCGGGGUCGUAGGGAUUAGUGUCCGUCCGGACUCCAGUGCGGCCUGCCUCUUUCAAAAGGUUGGAGCCCGAUCGAAUUCCCUCCCUGGCGCAGCCCCUGUUCAGGUUCGCCGGUGCCACAACAAGGCCCGCAAUGGCCAAGCUAUCAGGUGUGCAAUGGCAACUGGAAAAGAGCAGGGUGCAGUCACCACUGCUAGUAGUGAUCAACACAAAGGUGGUUUGCGUGGCAAAUUAAAUAAAGUUGUUUUAGCUUAUAGUGGUGGCUUGGAUACAUCGGUUAUUGUUCCAUGGCUCAGGGAGAACUAUGGUUGUGAAGUCGUUUGUUUCACUGCUGAUGUUGGCCAGGGCGCCAUUGAAUUGGAAGGAUUGGAGAAGAAGGCAAAAGCUAGUGGAGCAUGCCAGCUUGUUGUGAAGGACUUGAGAGAAGAAUUUGUUAGUGAAUAUAUAUACCCCUGCCUGCGAGCUGGUGCAGUUUAUGAAAGAAAGUAUCUUCUUGGGACUUCAAUGGCUAGGCCUGUUAUUGCUAAGGCAAUGGUCGAUGUUGCCAAGGAAGUUGGUGCAGAUGCAGUUGCUCAUGGAUGCACUGGGAAAGGCAAUGAUCAGGUUCGCUUUGAGCUUACAUUUUAUGCUUUAAAUCCUGAACUCAAAGUGGUUGCACCUUGGAGGGAGUGGGACAUCACAGGGCGUGAAGAUGCUAUUGAGUACGCAAAGAAACAUAAUGUGCCAGUUCCAGUUUCAAAGAAAUCAAUAUACAGCCGAGACCGAAACUUGUGGCACCUUAGCCAUGAGGGUGACAUCUUGGAGGACCCAGCAAAUGAGCCAAAAGAAGAUAUGUACAUGAUGUCUGUUGCUCCAGAAAAUGCACCUUCGGAACCUGAGUAUCUGGAGAUUGGCAUCAUUGCAGGUGUUCCUGUUUCCAUCAACGGACGGGACCUGUCGCCUGCAUCCCUCCUUGCGGAGCUCAAUGAAAUCGGUGGAAAGCAUGGAAUCGGACGCAUUGACAUGGUGGAGAACCGCCUUGUAGGCAUGAAGUCUCGUGGUGUCUACGAGACCCCUGGUGGCACCAUCAUGGCAGCUGCGGUGCGCGAGCUGGAGGCCCUGACCUUGGACAGGGAGACCAUGCAGUGGAAGGACAUGGUCGCCCUCAAGUAUGCUGAGCUGGUCUACGCAGGCCGCUGGUUUGACCCGCUCCGGCAGUCCUUCGACGCCUUCAUGGAGAACAUCACUGCGACGACUACUGGUUCGGUGACUCUGAAGCUGUACAAGGGGUCGGUGAACGUUGCGUCCCGGAAGAGCCCCUACAGCCUCUACAGGGAGGACAUCUCUUCGUUCGAGAACGGGGAGAUCUACAACCAGGCUGAUGCCGAGGGGUUCAUCAGGCUCUAUGGUCUCCCGACCCGGGUCCGGGCGAUGCUGGAGAAGGGCAUCUAAGUUCCUCUGUUUGUUCUGAAAAUAAAAGCCAUCAUUCGGAAACUGUCAAAGCGUUUCCAGCGAUUGCGGACAGGUUGUUUUGUAUACGUUGUUUGAGUUUCAACGAAUGAACUCUGAAUGCAUUUGGGUGACAGAAUGGACGUGAAUCUUAUUUUGGGUGA